CCUCAAAGCCCAUCCAGCGCGCUGCUUCGCCAUCAUGGAUGCUUCCAAGGCUUCAAAGAAGCGCAAGGCCGUCACCAGAGAUGUCGAGGAGGAGGCCGGUGUGUUCUCUGGCGACGAAUUGAACGGCGACCUCAACGGCGCGCUUUCCGACAACGCAAACGAUCUGUCGAGCGACGAGGAGGAUUCGGAAGUCGAAUUGGUGGACGACUUCAGUGAUGACGAUGAGGACGAGGAUGAGGAGGCGCUGGACAGCGACGAGAUCCCCUCCGAUGGAGAGUUGCCUGUCAAGAAGUCCGGCAAGAAUGCCACCGACCUCGAGAUGCCUACCAACGACGACAGCUCGAGCGAGGAGGAAGAGGUGAACUUCCGGAUCGAGCCAGAUGCCAACGGAAACGACCGUUAUAUCUACGAUGAGAUCAACCCGGACGACAACUCCGACUACUCUGACGUCGAGGAGAGCGGCAACACCAUCGGCAACAUCCCGUUGUCCUUCUACGACCAGUACCCCCACAUUGGCUACGAUAUCAAUGGAAAGAAGAUCAUGCGUCCCGCCAAGGGCGAGGCACUGGAUGCCUUGCUUGACAGUAUCGAGAUCCCCAAGGGCUUCACCGGUCUCACUGAUCCCUCGACCGGAAAGCCCCUGGAGCUGAGCCAGGAUGAGCUGGAGCUGUUGCGCAAGGUGCAGAUGAAUGAGAUUCCCGAGGAGGGGUACAACCCCUAUGAGCCUCUGAUGGAAUGGUUCAGUAACAAGCAGGAGAUCAUGCCCCUGAGUGCUGCCCCGGAACCCAAGCGCCGAUUUGUUCCUUCCAAGCACGAAGCCAAGCGGGUCAUGAAAAUUGUGAAGGCGAUCAGAGAAGGCCGCAUUUUGCCUUACAAGCCUCCGUCCGAGGAGAAGGAAGAGAGCCUCGAUCUCGUCAAUUACGACCUGUGGGCUGACGAGGUUGAGCGGCCUGAUCAUAUCAUGCACGUUCCUGCCCCCAAACUUCCUCCGCCCGGCUACGAAGAGAGUUACCACCCUCCCCCCGAGUAUAUCCCCGACAAGAAGGAGCGGAAGACUUGGGAGGAGGCCGACCCCGAAGAUCGGGAGCGCGAGUAUCUUCCCACCGACUUUGGCUCUCUCCGCAAGGUCCCUGGAUAUGGCGAGUUUGUUAAGGAGAAGUUUGAGCGUUGCUUGGAUCUCUACCUGGCUCCUCGAGUUCGCAGGAGCAAGCUGAACAUUGACCCCGAGAGUCUCCUGCCCAAGCUGCCCAGCCCUGAGGAGCUGAAGCCCUUCCCGUCGGUGUGUGCCACGGUGUUCAGAGGCCACAAGGGCCGUGUUCGUUCUCUUGCCGUCGACCCCUCUGGCGUUUGGCUUGCGACCGGUGGCGAUGACGGAACGGUUCGUGUCUGGGAGUUGCUCACUGGUCGCCAGUUAUGGAGCGUCAAGGUGGGCGACGAGGAGCCCGUCAACGUGGUUCGCUGGAGACCUGGAAAGGACGCCGUCGUUCUGGCCGCUGCCGCGGGUGAUGACAUUUUCCUCAUUGUGCCUCCGGUCCUUGAUCCCGAACUCGAGCAGGCGAGCUUGGAACUCCUCGACGCUGGCUGGGGCUUCGCCGCAUCGAAGCCUGCCCCGAAGAUUUCCGAGGAUGGCAAGAAGACCACGCCUCCUCCCCAGUGGGUUCGCCCCUCGCCGGCUCUCGCAGACUCCGGUGUCUGCGCCGUCAUUCCCCUCCGCUAUGUGCCCAAGUCUAUCUCGUGGCAUCGUCGCGGUGACUACUUCGUCACCGUCUGCUCAGGUGCCUCGACUCCGGCUUCCCUGGCUAUUGCUAUCCACACCCUUUCCAAGCACUUGACCCAGUACCCCUUCAGCCGGCGUAUCAAGGGUGGUGGUCCUCCUCAGACCGCCCACUUCCACCCCUCGAAGCCGAUCCUUUUUGUCGCCAACCAACGGACCGUCCGUGCCUACGAUCUCUCGCGCCAACUCCUCGUCAAGAUCAUCCAGCCCGGUGCCCGCUGGAUCUCUUCCUUCGAUAUUCACCCAACUUCCUCCACCGCUUCCGGUGGUGACAACAUCAUCGUUGGAUCUUACGACCGUCGUCUGCUGUGGCACGAUCUCGAGCUUUCCCAGCGCCCGUACAAGACCCUCCGCUACCACCGCAAGGCCAUUCGUGCGGUCCGGUUCCACCCCAGCGGCCGCUACCCUCUGUUCGCGGAUGCCAGUGACGACGGCUCCCUCCAGAUCUUCCACGGUAGCGUCACCGGAGACAUGCUCAGCAACGCCAGCAUCGUCCCUCUCAAGGUCCUCAAGGGCCACAAGAUCACCGGCGAACUCGGUGUGUUGGACAUCGAUUGGCACCCGCGUGAAGCCUGGUGUGUCAGUGCCGGUGCGGAUGGAACAUGCCGUCUCUGGAUGUAAUUACACGUCGAAUUGCCAGCGUAUAUUAUCCGCCUUCCUUGUGAUCUUUCUGCCCUGUUCCAUCCACACGAUAGGCGUUUUUGGUGUGCAUAUUUAGAGUCUUUGAUAUCCAUACAAAAAGUUCA